AUGACAGACAUCGACACCAUGACGGUGGAGUCCUUCACUGUGGAGUCAGACACAGCUAGUGUCAAUAGCUACAGUGUUGUGUCGUCGGCCUGGCAAACAGUGGUGCCGGAAUGUCAGACUGUGCCAGUGCAGAAUCUCAGUCCAGCUGCUGAGUUUUUGGGAGGGUCUUCUGAUGUUCGUCAGACUGCGACUCCAGCUUCCACUACCACGGUUGCAGCCCCGGGCAGCAGUGGUCAGACCACACCUCUGAUAGUUCCAGCUUCUGAUGCAGCAUAUGGUCAGACUGUGACUACAGAGACGGCCGCCCCGGAGACAGCUGGUCCGGUUACUUAUGGUCCCAGCCCGGCACCGGGUUGCUGGGCAGCGACUCAGCCCAUCAGAGGCGUCGCAAGGACCAUAAUGCCAGACGGACGACUGGACCCACCCAUCGCGGAGGACGAGACCAGGUCAGACUUCAGCUUUGGCUCCGGGUCACACCUUUAUCCCCACUUGAACAGCGGUGGUCAGACUCAGGAUCCUUUUGUCCACCAGGGUGGCGAGCCCAAACUGUCCGUCGUGCCUGAACAGGCCCAGUUGCAGUCAGACAGCGCCGACCAGAAGUUCUACGAUGGACCUAGUCAGACGGCUCCGGGUCCCAGUCAGACGGCUCCGGAUCCCAGUCAGAUGGCUCCGGAUCCCAGUCAGACGGCUCCGGAUCAGGCUCCAUGGUUGCCGGGACCGAGCCAAGCAGCGCCGGGAAAAGGUCCCCCAUCUCGAAGUCAGACUUCGACGACAGGGCCCGGCAAAGGAUUUUUUGGCAAGGCCAGACAGCCGAAGGGCCAGCGCUACAUGCCGCCAGGCCCGAAGACGGUCCUCACGACCAAUGAAAUGGACAUGUCAGAGAUCGACGUGUGGCAGCAGAUCCUCAAGAAGACGUUAGACUCACGAAUGGAGCCACAGGAGUCCAAGUUGAUGCACGAUCUCGUCGGACAAUGCUUCCUGGUUGCAUUGCUACACCUGUUCGUGUGA